AUGCCGGCUGUCAUACUGCCCACAUUCCACACUUCAAUUGGCGGUGGACACACACUCACCUCCUGCUCCCUCAUCUGCACUCCCAAACUCUUGACUGAUGUCGAUUUCUCCAAAACUCUCUUCUCACCCACUUCCUCAUUUGCCUCUUCCAAACUCUCCACCGAAGCUCCCCCUGACCUCUUUAAUAGGGCUGCACACUCGAUAUUCUCCCAGUCACUGCUCCAUCUGCUCUCUUCUGGAAUAUUCCACCGUACACUCGUCAACACGCCUGUAUGCACCACCUUCACUGCCCUCUCUACCAUUCCCUCCAAACUCUCACCUCCACCAUCAAUCGCCACGCUCCUCGUCUCCACUCUACCUCCACCUUCCUCUACCUCUCCAGUCACACAGACAGAUGCUAGUCGCAAAACCUGCAGCUCCUUCCUCCGCCUUGACUGCUCCUCCAUCCUCUCACUGUUCACAAUACUGAAACUUGUCAACGAGGCCGUACUCACUAGAUCCACUCUCUUCGUAAUGACAGCGCCUUCUCUCAACACUCCCUUCUCCAGCCCUGACUCACUCUCCUCUCCCUUCUUCCCAUCCUCCAAAUCUUUCUGA